CAGGAACUAGCCUACGAGUGUCCUAGACUGCAUGAACAGCCCUGCGGCCCCACGGGCGCGUCUCCCCAGUUCUCGACGCGCUCAGCUCCACAAAACUUUGCAUCCGCCACCACCAUCCAUGGUCAAACCUAACGCUCGCUAUCUCGGUGCAAUCGGAGGACGCCAUGUGUUUCGGACACUCUGAUUUGGAGGGCGAGAGAGGGCAGAUGACCUCGCGCGGCAAGACUCGCACGUCACUGCGGAAGAGGAGAAGGAGCCCCGCCGCCGAAGCAGGCCCAGCAGAGCCUCAGGAUGCUCGCAAGCUCUUCAGGAUUGACUCGACUGCCUCUACUCUUGCCAACAAUCCUCAAAUGUCACCUCAGAAGCCACCCAGCCCCCAAGAGCCUCCAGUACCGGGCUCCGUGCCAGUCAAUGGCGUCGACAACAAUGUCGACAACAGCUCCCUGCGCAUCGAACGCCUCCAAUCUGCUCAGACACUGCAAGACGACGUCUCUUCCUCCUCGGGAAGCUCACUACCAGCACCGAGUAUCGUCGACGAGACGCCUCUCGAGCAGCGCACUGCAUUCCUCGAAGCAUACAAUGCUCACGCAGAGCUGUACUCAUACACCUUCCAGCCAUUCGUCGGCCUCGAACUACAUCGUGCUCUUCGCUUCGAGUUCAAGCGAUCGACCAAGAUGAGCAACAGCGAGCUUGCUGCGUGCUUCGACCUCAUUUCCAAGACAUCGGAACAAGCCUACAGGUCGUCCAGUCUAGGCUGGAAUCCAGACUACAAGCUAGAAGAGAUGUCAGACAGGGAUAUGAUGUACUUUCUGGUGCGCCAGGCAGAAGGCUACAUCGGACUUGACAUCAUCGGGGAUCGUGACCCCAGCGCACAUCACGCUGGAGCGAUCCUUGGCUUCAUGUCGUUCAAACUGGAGCCCGAGGACGAGGAGCUGAAGCUGAUGAGGCCGGUUCUCUACAUGUAUGAGAUCCAUCUCGAUGAUCGGCUUCGCGGACAGAGCCUCGGUGGUACCAUGAUAAACUGGGCAAUCAGUCAAGCACGCUUAGUCAAGAUCAGCAAGACAAUGCUGACCGUGUUCACGGUCAACGAGAGCGCAAGGAGGUUGUAUGAUAGGGAGGGCUUUGUGAAAGAUGGCAUCAGCCCUGAGGACAGGGUGACGAGGAGGAAGGUCAUCAAGGCCGACUACAUUAUCAUGAGCAAGGAGCUCUGAGGUUUCGUAGUUAUCAUCGUGCAUUUUUUGGCGUCAGCAUAAGAUACCCCCGAGCAGACUUGAGCUCUUCAAUGAUAUAUACAAUACCCAUG